AUGCAGAAAGAAAAGAAGAAUUAUGCUGUAUUACGGAAACCUGGUUCCCAAGAAUUAUUCAUAGCUGCCAGAAGUUGGAUGCUAUCCGAAGACCUCUGCUUGUAUCACAGCAGUGUAACAGAUAAUGAAGUUGAGGCUUGCGUAAGACCUCGACCAGAAUGGGUGUUAACGGAUUGUCAAAUGUUAGCUGAACUAGACUCCUUCGUGGAAGCCAAGAAUACUUUGCAGGCUACUAAACGAAUACACAGUGUACUCUCCAAUUCAGAUAAUCUGGAGGAUACAUUACCUCUUACCAAUUCAAAACGUCAAAGAGUUGAGACAAAGAACUCCUCUUACGCUUACAACUCAUUGGAACUUGAAGCAGUGGAAGCACAGAAAGUUUGUUUGCCCUCGAAAUACCCUUCAAUAAAUUUCAUGGAAACUGUUGUCACUGAUAGCCAGUUCUUUUAUCAGAAGGCUGAUGAAUUGGAUACCUGGGAAAAACAACUGAAGCGUCUCUACUCAUCUCUUCUGGCGUUGGUAUCUGGAGAUAAUGACUUAGCAAACGCUAAGGUUGGUUUAUCCCGUUCAAUUCUUCUUUUGGCCAAUGUGGAAGAAAAUACCGGUUUAGCUCAAGCACUUCAUCAGUUAGCCGACACAGAAGGACAUGUUGCAGAGCUGCAUGCUUUACAGGCGGAAGCGCACACGUGUCAUUUAGCGGAGUAUACGAGAGAAGUGUUGGGUAUGGUUCAAGCGUGUAAAAAGAGUGAGUGUCGUAGUCCUGUGUUUUCAUGUGAUCCUUAUGUGAACUUUAUCAAUAAGUGUAUUCAUGAUUAG